ACCAGCUCCUGCACCUCGCCCAGCGUCAUGGCGCGCCCGGGCCCGUCCUGCGACAUGGCGGCGGCACCGCACCGCGCGGCGGCGGCAGGAAGUGCGUCACGGGGCGCGCGGGGGCGGAACCGGAAGUGCCGCCAUCUGGGGGAGAUAACCGGGCGGGGCCAUAUCAAGAGGGGGCGUGACCAUUCCACAGAGGGGCGGGACCAGAUCAUCGGGGGCGUGGCUAGGGGUCACAGCAUGACGACGUACACGGACAAAGGGGAAAAGCACCAGCGAGGCCGCUUCAUUCACUUCCACUCCAUCACCUUCUGGGUGGGCAAUGCCAAGCAGGCUGCCUCGUACUACUGCAGCAAGCUGGGCUUCGAGGAGCUGGCGUACCGCGGGCUGGAGACCGGCAGCAGGGAGGUGGUGUCACACGUCAUCAAGCAGGACAAGAUCAUUUUCGUCCUCUCGUCGGCACUCAAUCCAGGCAAUGAGGAGAUGGGCGAGCACAUGGUGAAGCACGGGGACGGCGUGAAGGACGUGGCCUUCGAGGUGGAGGACUGCGACUUCAUCGUGCAGAAAGCCAAGGAGCGCGGAGCCGUGGUGGUGAAGGAGCCCUGGGUGGAGGAGGACAAAUUUGGGAAGGUGAAGUUCGCUGUCAUCCAGACGUACGGCGACACGACGCACACCCUGGUGGAGAAGCUCAACUACAAAGGGCUCUUCCUGCCUGGGUACCAUGCGCCCCUCUUCAAGGACCCGCUGCUGCCCAGGCUGCCGAGCGCCAAGCUGAGCUUCGUGGACCAUGUGGUGGGGAACCAGCCCGACCUCCAGAUGGUGCCAGUGGCAGACUGGUACCAGAAGAACCUCCUCUUCCACCGCUUCUGGUCGGUGGAUGACAAGCAGCUGCACACCGAGUUCAGCGCCCUGCGCUCCAUCGUGGUCACCAACUACGAGGAGACCAUCAAGAUGCCCAUCAACGAACCAGCGCACGGCAAGAGGAAAUCCCAGAUUCAGGAAUACAUUGAUUACUAUGGAGGGGCUGGAGUGCAGCACAUCGCGCUCAACACCUCCGACAUCAUCUCAGCGAUCACCAACCUGAAGCAGCGCGGCAUGCAGUUCAUGGAUGUGCCGUCCAGCUACUACCAGCUGCUGCGGGAGAGGCUGAAAACUGCCAAGAUCAAAGUGAAGGAGAGCAUCGACAAGCUGGAGGAACUGAAAAUCCUGGUGGACUUCGAUGAGAAGGGAUACUUGCUCCAGAUCUUCACCAAACCAGUUCAAGACAGACCCACGGUCUUCUUGGAGGUCAUCCAGCGGCACAACCACCAGGGCUUUGGCGCCGGCAACUUCAAGUCCUUGUUUGAAGCCAUUGAAAUUGACCAGGACGCUCGAGGCAACCUGACUGUCCUGAGCCCCGACGGAGAGACCAAGCGCAUGUAGGGACAGUGUGCGGGCAGCCCCUGGCACCGAGCCGUAACAAGCUGAAUCACAAAUGAAGUGGGAACUGGCUGGUGCUUUGUCAACAGCCCAAACUUACACGUGACAAAUGGGAUGUUGCUGCCAAGCUGUGACGGGCAAGGACCCAGCCCAGGCUUCACACGGGAGAGGGAACAUGGCCAAUGCCUUCACCCCAGCCCAACCCCAUCCAAAUCACCAAAUCCCAAACACAGCACAGACUCUUGGCACACGUGUAGGUUCAAUCUUGAGUCAUGAUUUUACGGUAGCCGCAGCACUGUAGAAUGAGAUGAACAAAUUUAUGGGGUCCGGCCUUCCCACCAAUGUAACGCGGCAUUGCUCAAAGACCUGCAAAAUCUUGAAUUAACAAAGGGUUGGGGUAUCUCCAGUGUCUCAAGAAGCGGUUGCUGGGUUUGUGGCCAUUGCCUGCCCCCCUGGCUGCUGUCACAGUCCUUUUCUCGGGGACUCUCCCCACUGCCAUAAUAAACCCAUUUGUCACAGCUGAGUGCUGCUGAGUUCAUCCUGCAGCCACCGGGGGCGAGGGAGGAGCUGAGGCUCCAGGUUCAGCACCAGGAACCGGUGUCCAUGUGUCAGCCGUACCCAACACACCUUGCUGAUAAACACCUGCUCGGCGGUGUCCCAGCCCUGGAGGUGCCCAUGGUGAGCUGGAUGGGGCUUUCGGCAGCCUGGUCUGGGGGGGACAACCCGUCCUUGGCAGGGGUUGGAAAUGGAUGCGUUUUCAGGUCCUUUCCAACCCAACCAUUCAAUGAUUCUGUGAACCUCGAAUGCUCCCCGAGGACCUGCAGACCUCUGAACAGCAGAAGAACAUCUCAGGGUGCUUGGUGGCCCUGGGUCUCCCUGCUGGCACACACCUGCCCUCCAAAUCCCCCCAGCACCCACUGCAACUCCCUUUGCUUCCCAGUGUGGAAGCAAAGCCCCGAGCAGAGCCCAUGGCUCAGGCUCCUGGGACACAGCCCAGGUCAAAUCCUGGCAGCACCAUCCCCAUGGGGUCCAAUCCCUGUUGUGGUAAGCAAGAGCUUAAGUGGGAGAAGGCACAGCAGCACGAGUUUCUUUUCCUCCUCCAUCAGCUGCUGCAUCCACCUCUGCUUUGGGUGUCUCUUGUUCCAAAGCUCAGGCAGGAAAACAUUAAAGCUGGUAUCUCUAAAGGUGGGAUCCCAUGCAGGCACACGUGGUGCGGCUGCUCCAGCACCAGCCACACAUGGGGGCUUCACUUCAGCACAGAGCUGCAUCAGAGCCUUAACACUAAUGGAGCUUUAAGUUUACAAACUCGAGCAGCUCACAUACUUCUUCCACGCAG